UUUCACAGGAUUGCUCUGUGUUAUUGACCUAUGUCCGUGGAAUUAUCCUUAUCAUUUGCUUAUCGCGUCUUGCCCUCUCGCAUGUUGUUCCUUGGCUCUCGAAACUGCACAGGUCUGUGUGUUUGGUGUACUUCAACUUGUUGAAUACCAGCACCCUGCCCUCUGUGAGGAGUGCUCAGUGUUCAAGGUUCAGGAAGAUAACGAGAGGUGAGUGGCUGACGCAUAGCUCGUGUUGUGUUACCAAAGGCUCGUAUCAGAUUACGGCAGACAGCAGCUUGGGUGAAACCGUAGCUGUGUUCAGACCACUGUUGCUCGAACAAACCAGGAACUAGGACGAACAAAGGAGUUUUAAAGACGCUAAAGAAGCUAACAGAGGGCUUGCUGUUGUUUUAAGAAGAGCGUUACCAUGGGUAAGAAGACACAACACUGUCUGCUGCUUCUGCUGUGUUUGUCGGGGCUUGUUCACUAUUCAGCUGCCUUGGUUUUUUGGACUGCCGUGGUGGAAAUAAGCUAUGUUAACAGCCACAAUAAGAGUGAGGACAAAUACUGUGAAUGUGGGGUGUAUGGCCGUAACUCUCCCCUGGAGAAAGCCUCAGGCAUUGUAACGCUUCCCAAGGGAGACCCCAAAGGCUGUGGCCCAGGUCCUAUCUACAGCCGCAAUUCCAGCUCACCGCCUUGGAUAGCGCUGGUUAAAAGGGGCAACUGCACCUUCAGUGAGAAGAUCAAUGCUGCCAAACGUCAAGGAGCAGCUGGUGUGGUGGUGUAUAAUGUGGAUGGCAGUGGCAACAGCACCACUCACAUGGCACACUCGGAUGCAGCUGGCAUUGUGGCUAUCAUGAUUGGCAACUCUCAGGGCAUGGAGGUUGUCAAGUUGGUGAUGAAUGGGACAGAAGUGCAGAUGCUUAUUGAUGUAGGCAGCCCUCAUGGACCCUGGAUAGACACAUACUGGCUUUACUUCCUGUCCAUCGCCUUCUUCAUUGUGACAGCAGCCUCCAUCGCCUACUUUGUGUUUAUCUCCGCAAACCGGAUUUACAGCCUGAGCAUGCACAGGCGCACCGAGAGGAAGCUGAAAUCUGAGGCUAAAAAGGCGAUCAGGCGUCUGCAUGUGCGCACACUCAAGACAGGGGAUGAGGAAACCACCUCUGACUCCCAUAUGUGUGCCGUGUGUAUCGAAAACUACAGGGCGGGGGAGGUGGUGACGGUGCUUACAUGUGAUCACAUCUUCCACAAAGCCUGCAUCGAGCCCUGGCUGCUGGAGAGGAGGACCUGCCCCAUGUGUAAGUGCGACAUCCUGAAGGCCCUGGGGGUCGAGGAGGAAGUAAAAGAAAGCCAUCCUGCUGAGUCGCCACCAGAUGUCACUGUGAUCACAGUGACAGGAGGAGAACCCAUGUAUGAAGUGCCACUGACUGACCCAGUGAGCCCUGACCCAGAGAGACAACAACAUCGCUAUGACAACAGGGCCUUCGAGGGAGACUCGGAGGCUGGGAGACGAUGAACAACAGCAACGGAAACAAAACAGCAACAAACCAGGACACAGUCAAAUUCCCUGUUUGAAGUAGAUAUUUUUCUGGGAUACACUGAACCAGCACAAAGGAAUCAAACUAUAAUGUUGUCACAGGAGAAACAAUCUUGUAAUGCAAAAAAUAUUUUUAAAAGAAAAUCCAAGGAUUAAAAAUGUUAAUGGACUUAUGUAAUUAGCUUGGAUGACACUGCAUUUUCUUUGUGUCUGUCUGAGUGUGUAAAUAGUGGGUGUGUUCAUAAAGUGACCAUUAGAUUGGUUAGAAUAGAUUCUGAAAGCCGAUUAGUUAUGGAGUGAUGCCGGUGUCAAAUUUCUGCUUUGCAUACUGGACACACCAGCUCGACACUGGUCAGGGAGGAAGUGCUGAAGAGCAUUUAAAUAUCUGUUUGAAACUGGGGCCAAAUUUCCUCCAACAAAAAGCUUGUUGGCUCACAUUGCUCACACUCCCUCACAAUUGGCCAUUAUCUUUUAAAUUCAGAGCAGAAUUCAUUCCCUUAAAUCAGUUCAUUUGAAUAAUUGGACUUUUUUCUGCUCUUGUUAAAGUGGGAGUGUGCCUUUCCAUUUUCAUUGUUAGGCUGUCAGGCUGGAUUCACAAACACACCCUUAUGAACACACCCUUGACGGGAAAUGCAGCAUGACACACAUUGUACUGUGAUGAGUGAAUAACAUCACCUGAGGGGCUUUGACUCGUCAGAAACAUGGACUGUAGAAACAUGUUUGCCACUCAUGAAAUAAGAAUUUUAAGUUCUUAAUAAUUUGUUGGCCUGUAGCUAUGUAUGAGAAUGUGGCAAUGCAAUAAAUGUCAUAAGACGUGUCGAUGAUAAGCCUUCAGAAAAUGUUAUCUUGACUGGUGGAUAAGUGAAAAAUUAUCUUUAUGUGUAAUGGAUUUUGAAAUUAUAUAUUUUGAGAUUUAUUUAUCAAUCAUGUCAAGUUCUGUCUGUUAACCGUAGUACAUGUAUAGUCCUUUUACUUCUCUAAACAGUUGAUUUUCAUGUGCAAGCACAAACUGUUGCUCUCGAGCAAGUCUUCCAGGUUUUUCCUUUGAAUUAUUUGGACUGGUGUUUAUUCAUUUCCUGUGGUCUACCUCUGAACUCUCGCAUGGGUAAAUUAUGGAACAUGUUUAAGAUUCUUGCAGUUCAAAGAUUAAGCGUGUCCCUCGGAAAAUGAUAAAGCUAAAGAGUGUCUUUGUUUGCUGGUGGGGAUAUGCUGAUUAUGCUACUUAAUAUAUUUUUCUACACUGAAUCAUUUUCACUACUGUUUUACAGAUUCCAGGAGUCUUAAAUUGUUCUGUAAAAAUGAAUAUAACUUGCUGUAUUAAAUCACAUUGAUGCUUAUUAGAAUGCAAUAAAUCCCUCAAAAUGAGGCCAACUUUAAGCGCA